GAUAAUGUCACACGUGAAGAGACCAUUGCUGGACAUGGAACUAUAGAAUGACGGGAGUUGUUUGAUAAUAUAGUAUAUUGCUUUCAAAUGAUGUCUUCUGUGAAAGGGAAAGAACACCUUUAUAUCCUUCACCUUGCUUGAACUUAAUAAAAGCACAGAUGCUAUAAACUAAAAAAAUAUACUGAGUAAAAAUGAGGACUAUAUAGAGGAAGCUAAACGUUGCUUGACAUUUCAGAUGUUAAGAUAUAAUAUCUGUGUGUUAUAAAAUGACACGAAGUGAUACAAGAUCAGUGUUAUUUGCCAUAUCAAUUGGUGUUCUGACUUCCAUUUGUAAGGUCUUGAUUGGACUAACAUUACAGGAAAUUAAUGAGAAACGUAUCACGAACUUUGAACUUGGUUUUCUGAGAAUGAUCAUUCAGUUGUUGAUUGGAUCAAUAUGGCUGUACAAAACGCAACAUAAUGAGACAGGAUCGGAAUAUAUAAAUUAUCAGAAUGGAUCUGUGGACUUACUCAAUAGUACCUUAUACUGUGUUUCAAAUUAUUUCUUUUUGCUCGGAUUGCGAUCAGGCGCAGGAAUGGGAGACUUAUAUUCUUUGAUUUCCUCAACCAGAAUUAUAAUGGUUGUCAUUUUUGCAAGGAUUUUUAUCAAAGAACCAAUACAUUUUAUUUUAGUGAUAUCAGUUGUAAUUUGUCUACUUGGAAAUAUUGCAAUCACACAACCAGAUAUUAUAUUCCAAACAGCUAAUCUCGGCAUCCUUUUGCGGCCUUUAUGGAACAAUAGUGAGAACUUUGAGCAGAAUAUUACAAGCAAACAUGAUAUAUUAGAGUCCCCCAUCUGGCCUGGGUAUAUCGCAGCUGCUACUGGUGCCACCUGUCGGGCUCUUACUGUUAUUAUCACCAGAUGGAGCUUGCAUGAAAAAACGAUUUCGACGACGGCACGUAUUUCCGAAGCACGCUUGGUGUUUAAUAUUGCGGCAAUUGGCGUUCUUUUCUAUGGAACAGGUUGCUUUUUUCAAGGAUUUUAUUUUCCCGAUAAUCUUCAUGAUAUUAUAUGCGUUCUUGGCUAUGCGAUUUCGUCAGCCCCCUAUAUCAUUUGUUAUGUCAUGACUUUAAAAUUACUCCCAGCUUCAGCUGCAGCAAUCAUUUUUUCUCUCUCUAUAGUAUUUGGAACUUUAUUUCAGUACACAUUAUUUACAAAAACACACAAAGGAAACUCUAAUAUUUUAGAGAUUGUAGGAGUUGUAUUAGUUUUGAUCGGAGUAACCAUCAUGCCUCUGAGACAAAUUUGUCAAAGUGAACAAAUUGUCGAGAAAAGUCUGCAGAAACAUCAGAUUAUAUCAAAGGAUGCAACUAAAAACAGUUUGCCAAAGAAGCGUUUUUAUUUCCCCCAGUCUAUCAAAUAGGAGAAAUAGCUGAGGUAAAGAGGUAAACCAAUGGUGCACUCAAGCCCCGGACUCGAGCUUGUUAUGUUGUAAGCUCCGUCAAGAUCAGGCAAUUUUUCUUACAAUGCUCAUGUUAUGGCUAAAGGCCCGGUCACACCGCCCGGACGUUGCUGGAGCGUUCCUUGAACGUUGAAAAAAUU